CUUCUACCCUAUAGACCUACAGAUCGAACCCCUGCUACCUAUGGACCUAUGAUAGACCUACCAACUGCCUACAAAUACACAGGUCACAUGUUCAACUCUCAGGAUCUACACAGAUACUGUACAUGGGUAGGGUGAGGUCUAGGGAUCGAACCCUGGGGUCUGCAUCUGCUACUGCAACAGAUAGAAAGGCGGCACAGAUUCCGUCUAAGUAUGACGGAAAGGACGACAUCGAAUCAUGGAUCAACUCUAUGCGAUCCUACUUUGAUGUGUUGGGGACACUCCCGGUUACUAAGUUGUCGGUCCUAGGGACCAAUGUGGAACCCGCCGUAAGGGGUUUCUUGUUAAUCCAAGCUGUACAGUCAGGCUACAAAAGAAUAGACCUGAACAAAUGGUUGAAGGCUACGCCUGUAGCCACGCUCGAAGAACUCUUGAUUAAACAGAAUGCUGAUCCACAUGCUGCAACUAAAGCUAGACUUAAGCUUGACAAGCUCAAGCACAACAAGUGGACCGGCACCAUGCAUAGCCUGCAGCAGUAUGUCAGGAGACUCUUUGCCAGUCCGGAUCUGGAGAUGACUGUGCAGUCUUGCUUGGGUGUGAUAAAACGUAUGGUCCCCUCUACUAUAACGCAUCGCCUAGGACUCAGACUCAUAGCGUACAGAGAUUGGCUUACCCUCAUGCGGGAUUUAGUCAAACUGGAGGCACACGACCUCCCGGGUGGAUCGGGUGGCAAAAAGACCACCGGCCGCAAACGGUUUCCAGGCAACAACUGUUUUGCAACACAUGAUGUACUUGAGGUUGACGAGGAGACCCUCGUGGAGGAUUCUUCUCUUGAUGACGAUCAAGAGCAAGACUGCGGGGUAUCUUGCUCUUCGUCAGCCCAUGAGUUUGAGUAUGUGAAUGACGAAGAAUCUAUGAAUGCCUUCAAAAAGACUGCCUUCAAAAUCCGACAUAAGAUCGAGUUGAUAGAAGGUAACACUCCUCCAAAGGGUUGUGUCUAUAAAAUGGGCUCACGCGAAUUGGAGGAGUUGCGAAGACAGAUUGAUAACAUGAUUGGGAAGGGAUGGAUCAAGCCAAGUGAAUCCAAAUUUGGUGCACCGGUUCUGUUUGUCCCGAAGAAAGGAGGCAAACUACGGAUGUGUAUCGAUUACCGCGGACUGGAUAGAAUAACAAGAAAGAAUGCAUACCCUUUGUCGUGUAUUGAUGAUUGGCUUGAUGUUGUGGGUGGGUGCAAGGUCUUCAGCAAGAUCGAUCUCAAGUCUGGCUACCACCAGAUUGAAGUUGACCCUGCAGACCAGCAUAAAACUGCAUUUAAAACUCGCGAUGGGUUGUAUGAGUUUACUGUCAUACCCUUCGGCCUCACGAAGGCACCGGCCACCUUUCAAAGUCUCAUGGACAAGGUGUUCCGUAAUCAGAUCAACCGAUUUGUUGUUGUGUACUUGGAUGACAUACUAAUCUUCAGCAAAUCGAUGGAGCACAUGAGACACCUUGAGGGGGUGUUGCAGACCCUCAAGGAUGUGCAGCUCCAUCUCAACUUGGAGAAAUCUGACUUUGGGAGGGACAGCGUCAUCUACCUUGGACAUCGGUUGUCUGUUGCAGGCCUAGAGCCCAAGGCAACCAAAGUCCGCGAGUUGCGUUCUUUUCUUGGUCUUGCAUCAUACUACCGUAAGCUUGUACCCAAAUUCUCUAUCAUUGCCGAACCGCUGUCCAGAUUGACCAGCAAGAAUGUGUCCUACACAUGGGAUGGGGAAUGCACAACAGCCUUCCAAGCAUUGAAGGAAGCUUUGGCAAGUCAUCCGGUGCUCCGCAUUGCAGAUCCCAAACUUACAUUUUUUUUGGAGACGACGGGGUGGAGAGGCAGAAGGCGGUCGGGAGGCACGAUCCUGGCGUUCCGUCCGCAUAAGGUGGGCGGUCUGGAGGUCCUCAAUGGUGAAUUGGGAGGGAUCGAGAGAGGCAGUGUCGAAGACGUCAUCGAAGGUGGGUGGAGUGGUGUCGUUAUGGAAAAAGCGGGGGUGGGAGGGAGUGGGCGCGGACUGGUGAUGGGGGUGGAGUCGUCAAUCGGGGUGAAGCAUGCGAGAGAGGAGGUCAGCAAGGGGCAUGUCCGGUUCGUGGGCGAGGGCGGUUGCAAGGUCUUUGUGGCAUACUCGCUUGAUGCGGGAGAUGAACGCAAAGUUGGGAAUGACGGUGGUGGGGAGGUGAUGGCGGAGGGAGCGGAUGUAUUGGACGAAGCGGUCCGUGGGACCAGUCUGGCGGAGGUGACAAAAUUGUUCGAGGUAGUCAUCGAUGGUUUUCUGGGGGCGGAAGGUGGCAGUGAGAAGUUUGGCCCAUUGAAGGAAGGAACGACGUGGUCCUCCGGAGCCUCGACGGUUGCUGACUUCAGCCAUCCACCAUUUGGCGGCAUUGCCGAGGAGGCGAGAGGUGGCAAUGGGGAGCCAGUGGGCAAGGGGCAUGUGGUGGAGGUAAAAAGAGUUCUGGAGCUGGGUUAGGAAGAGGAAAACGUCCUCGUGGGGGAGGCCGGAGAAGGACAUGAUGUCGACGGAUCAAAAGGAACGGGGGAUUUCCCCGU